AUGCUAGACGUCCCCGAAGCAGUUGUCAACCUCGAUGAUUUCCGCAUAUCAUAUGAAACUGGCUUUUUGCCAUGUACUACUACUACAACUAUGAACAAAGAAAGCCGCCCUCUUCACAAACUCUCAAACCCGUAUUAUGCGCCCUGGGAGGAUAUCAUGCCGGAUCUGCCUGAACUUAUCCGUUCAGGCGAGAUUAGGAGGAGAGUUCUUGAUCUACCGGUUUUGUCGGUGGAGGGGCUUAACAGUCAAUCACAAAAUGAUCAUGAAAAUCACGAUGAGGCCGAAUGGCAGAGAGCAUAUGUCAUACUUGGAUUUUUGACUCACGCGUACAUCUGGGGUGGGGAGAAGGCUGAAAAUCGACUCCCAGUAUCCAUAUCCCUCCCGUUUUUACAAGUUGCUGCUCGCUUGGAACUGCCUCCGUGUGCGACAUAUGCGGCCCUGAAUCUAUGGAAUUUCACUACUAUCACGAACAAAAACACCACCAACAACGAAGAGGAAGAGGAAGAAGACAUAGACCUCACCAAUCCCGACAACAUAACAACCAUCAACUCCUUCACAGGCACCGAUGACGAACGCUGGUUCCUCGUCGUAUCAGUCGCCAUAGAAGCCUGCGGCGCCAAAGUGAUCCGUCUAGUCCUCGACACCAUCAACGCGAUCCACAUAGCCGUCGGCGAGAGUCACAACAUAACGAUCGAAGCCAAAAACACACUUAUCACAAACUUUCUUUCCCAAAUGGCAGACUGCAUAGAUGAAUUGGGCCGCAUAUUGGACAGGAUGUAUGAAAGAAAUGACCCCAUGGUGUUUUAUCAUCAGCUUCGACCGCUCCUAGCCGGAUCGAAGAAUAUGGCUACCGCCGGCCUGCCGAAUGGUGUCUUUUAUGAUCUUGGCGAUGGCCAGGGCGAAUGGCAUCAGUAUAGUGGUGGAAGUAAUGCACAGAGCUCGUUGAUUCAGCUGUUUGAUAUUGCAUUGGGGAUUCAGCAUACGGCGAGUGGCGAGGUUGAGGGCAAGAAGAGUAAUGAUAAGCAGACGGCUUUUAUGAAGGAAAUGAGAAACUACAUGCCCGGUCCCCAUCGCCGGUUCCUCGAACAUGUCGCCUCAAUCACUAACAUCAGACCAUAUGCACUAAGUCUCCCCGCCUCGUCAGCUGUAAGACAGGCAUACAAUGCAGUGGUUAUGAAACUAGGCGGCUUCCGCGAUAAGCAUAUCCAGAUUGUCUCAAGAUAUGUCAUUGCGCCGGCAUCACGGCCGCCGCCUCAGCGUCAGAACGGAUUAUCCACGGGAAGUUGUACGCAAAGAGUCAACCUUGCAAGUGCAACGUCGAGAAUGAAAGCCGAGGCAGGUGGUUCGUUAUCGUUUGAAGAAAAAGAAACCAAACGCGAGGAAAAUAAGGUGUUUUAUGGCACUGGAGGAACAGAUUUGAUUCCGUUUUUGAAGGCGACGAGAGAUGGGACUAAGGCUGCGGCGAGAUUUGUUGACUAG